UAAAAUGUUCAAAAUGGUUAGAGUUAAUGGGAAGUAGGUACAAAGUUCAUGGGCUUGAAAAUACUGAAGAUUAUUUCACUUCCUCUUAUUAAGACCAACCAAAGUCUACACGGAGGUUCUUCAGGUGGUUUGAGAAAGUGGGACUUUUGACUGUCAGCUACCAGCUCUCCAACUCUACUCCCACCGUCGAAUGUGGAGCGGGCGUGUUCUCAGCUCGCAGCUAGGGUUUAAUUUCCAUUUCCUCCCGGUGGCUCUCCACGCUCCGGGGAGGUGGGGCGCCUGCCAUCCGCGUGUGGUUUUGGGGUAGUAACCUCUUGUGGCGCAGCCGCCCUCCUCCACCCACAGCGGAGGCCGUGACGUCACGGGCCUGGCCCGGGUCCCCGCCCGGCCUAUAAAGCCGCAGGUGCGCGCCGCGCCUCCGGAAUGUUCGCACACCUUUUGCCCGCGCCCGAGUCGGAACCGAGGGAUCCCGAGGCGAGCUGUAGGCGCUCGUCCAGCGCCCGAGCCCGGCCGGGCGGCGAGCACGGCCGCACACUCCCUCCUGUCCGCUCUCUCUUCCACCACCUCCUGUUCCAGCCGCGACUCCCGGCCGAGUUGCCCCAGAGACCGCGACGCCGCCGCCGCGCCGAGGGACCAAUGAGAGCCCCGCUGCUGCCGCCGGCGCCCGUGGUGCUGUCGCUCCUGAUCCUGGGCUCAGCCCAUUAUGCUGCUGGAUCAGCUGCCAACGACACCUCCUCUGGGAAAGGGGAACCAUUUUCUGGGGACCACAGUGCCGAUGGAUUUGAGGUUACCCCAAGAAAUGGGUCCUCAGGAAGGGAGAUUUCCCCUGUGAGUGAAACGCCUUCUAGUAGGGAACUGUCCUCGGGGAUCGACUAUGAUUAUGCAGAAGAGUAUGAUAACGAACCACAAAUAUCUGGCUAUAUUGUAGAUGAUUCAGUCCGAGUUGAACAGGUAGUUAAGCCCAUGAAAAACAAGACAGAAAGUGAAAAGACUUCAGAUAAACCCAAAAGAAAGAAAAAAGGAGGCAAAAAUGGAAAAAAUAGAAAAAACAGAAAGAAGAAAAAUCCGUGUGAUGCAGAAUUCCAAAAUUUCUGUAUUCAUGGAGAAUGCAAAUAUAUAGAGAACCUGGGAGCAGUAACAUGCAAAUGUCAUCACGAUUACUUUGGUGAACGGUGUGGGGAAAAGUCCAUGAAGACUCACAGCAUGGUUGACAGUGAUUUAUCAAAAAUCGCUUUAGCCGCCAUAGCUGCCUUUGUGUCUGCCGUGAGCUUCACAGCGAUUGCUGUUGUUAUCACAAUCCAGCUUCGAAAACGAUACUUCAGGGAAUAUGAAGGAGAAGCUGAAGAACGAAAGAAACUUCGACAAGAAAAUGGAAAUGUACAUGCCAUAGCAUAACGGAAGGGUAUCGGAUCGGAGUCACUGCCAAGUCACAACCACGAGUGAUGAGCUGGCUCCUCUUUUCGGUGGAUCAUAAGAAAACAGAACCUUUUCGUUCUGAUGGUUUUAAACUUUCAAUUGCCACUUUUUAUGCUAAGUCUUAUUUCUGUACAUAAAGAUGCAUGGAGAUAAAAAGUAUUUUUUCAAGUUGUAAAUAAUUUAUUUAAUAUUUAAUGGAAGUGUAUUUAUUUUACAGCUUAUUAAACUUUUUUAAGCAAAGAGA